AUUGUUUGUGAGUAUAUACUAAUAGUAUGUUUGUUUGAUAUCGAUAGGAUUGGUUAACUAUAUAUUGUUCGUGUUUUAUAUCAUGAUCAGUGUUGUAGCAGAUUCACAGAAGAAAUUGAUCUGUUACAGGAAAUUCAGAUUCAUACUGGAAUUCAGUGUUGAAUAAUGUGUCAAUGGAAAUGUAAAAUACCGAAUAUUAUAUUGAUAUUAUUCCAGAGAAUAAAGCAUUAUAUCUUCCUUAUAUUCGAAGAAAAUGGCAAUGUUUCUGCAAACUUAAUAUAAAGCUAAGCAAGGAAGUAUGUCAUUUAGAUCCACUUAUUCAUACAACAUAAGUUUGGAGAUUUAGGCGAAAUGAAACUGUACAGGAAAUACGAUCUCUUAAAACUCUUUACACAGCCAAAUACUCCGGAAUCAAAAUAUUAAAGUACCGUGUGCAAAAAUCUGAAAAAUAAAAGGAAAGUAGUCAGAACUGUGUAAAAUAUCAACACUUUUCAGUGGCCGAUCUAAAGGGGGUUAUGCGAUAUCAUAAUACUCCCUUGGUUGAAUAUCUUCACGAAAUUGUUUUUGCCGUUUCGAGAUCGAGCUCUUUACCCCCCCCCCCCCCUCAUCCCUCAGUGCUUUCGCGGAAAGCGUAAAAACUUUUAUAACACAAACUUUAGAAUGAAUUAUGAAUAUGUACCUCCUAUUGUUGAAAUUAUAGUUAGAGCAACAUGACAUCUCAUGACUAUUAUUACACAUAUAGACAGAGCAACACGCCACCUCAUGACUGUUAACACACUUAUAGACAGAGCAACGCGCCAUCCCAUGACUGUUAAUACACUUAUAGACAGAUCAACACGCCAUCUCAUGACUGUUAAUACAUAUAUAAUCAUAGCAACAAACCAUAUCAUGAUUAUUAAUACAUUUAUAGGAAGAGCAACACAUCAUCUCAAGACUGUCAUACACAUAUAUACAGAGCAACACGCCAUUCCAUGACUCUUCAUACACUUAUAGAGAGAGCAACACGCCAUCUUAUGACUGUUAAUACACUUUUAGACAGAGCAAUACGCCAUCUCAUGACUGUUUAUACAUAUAUAUAAUAAUAGCAACAAGCCAUAUCAUGAUUAUUAAUACAUUUAUAGGAAGAGCAACACAUCAUCUCAAGACUGUCAAUACACAUAUAUAUAUACAUAACAACACGCCAUUCCAUACACUCUUCAUACACUUAUAGAGAGAGCAACACGCCAUCUCAUGACUGUUAAUGCGUAGCAACACACCAUCUUAUGACUGUUAAUACACUUAUAGACAGAGCAACACGCCACCUCAUGACUGUUAAUACACUUAUAGACAGAGCAACACACCAUCUCAUCACUGUUGAUACACUUAUAAACUUAGCAACACGCUAUUCUAUUACUGUUUAUACAUAGCAACAUAACAUCUCAUAACUAUAUAGGUACAGAAAUAAUCAUGGCAACACACCAUCUUUAAAUUCUAAUACAUUCAGGGUAAGGCAACAAUUAUCAAUAAAAUGGUUUGGUGUGUUUUUAAAUCAUAUGAUAACUAGUAAUUAUUGAUAUUAACCAUGUACAAAUGACAUUACUAAUGAUAUGAUAAAUACUUAUCAUAUGAUAAUAACCAGAAUGAAACAAGGAUUGGUAAGAGUACUUAUAAUGAUGUACUAUCAAAUGCAUGUAUCAACGGAACUCACAAGUGAUGUCAGAAAUCACCUACCAAAAGUAUCCAUGAUAUAAGUCACUGAGUUAAAGUACACGAGAUAGCUGUACUAACAAAAAUUACAAUUACUUAUUACGAGUUCAUGUUUUUAAACAUUGGAAGGAUAUGUCUGCGCUGAUUUAUUCACUAAACAUAAAUAUUUACAUCAUGUUUCUAAAACCCAUUAGAUAACUCAUAUCACGUGUCCCUUACAUCUCCCCAUUCAAAAUUUAUAAUUUAACUGUAUAGUGCUUCGCUAAUUCAAAUCGUGUCAUUUUCACUUGCUUUUAAUACAAACUUCCGACUCUUUAAGAGGUACGAUGUCGACACGACUGUACAACUGUGAAUUUUCUCUUCCUCUGAACAUAACAGACUCUCUGUGACUCAUCAGCGUAUGAUGUGUAUGGUGAAUUGAGAAAUCAGGAACACCCAUGGUAAAAAUUAUAUUUCAAGUAUCCUUAAGUAGGAUCGGAAUCAUUGUCACUCUGUGCAUGCGCGUGAUCACGUGAACUGGGAAGAACAGUGAUCAGUAAUUACUAUGCCUGAUUGUCUUGUAAAAGCAGAUCGAAAGAGUAGUUGAAUAUAUGAAGAUGUGAUUCCUAAUGUGUUCUAAUGUGUGCUUAGACUGGCAGAUGAUCCUAUGAUAUUAAAUAUAUAUCGUGUCAAAACUCUUUCUACACAAAUUCCGACAUCAACGGAAUCACACGAAGUCUUCCGAUUACAACGACGCUUUGUGUUGUUGUACACCAAUGGCAAUUUAAACGUGUAGCAUGGGAUAAAAUACAGGGAUUCCAGGUCAUUCCGAAAGUUUCAGGUGAAAUGGGGAACAGCAAAAGUAACAAAGGCGAUUGAGGGAGUGAUGAUAAAGACGAUGAUACAACGGGCAGAAGAAAAACAUCUGAAUUUGAGGUCAAGAUCGUAUCUAAACUUUUGCGGAGGAUCGGUGAAAAAAGUUUAAUUCCUUUGUUUUCCCAACAACGCAUCACUAUGGAGAUAUUAAUGGAUCUAAAUCAUGCAGAUCUUCUUGAAAUAGGGAUCGACAUAUUUGAUCAAAGAUAUAAGAUAUUGACUGAGGUAGCACGACUGAAGCGAGAGAGGGGACAGAGAAACACAAGUUCUCGAUGUAGAAUACACCCCUUCAACACCACGUGUCCCGGGCGAAAACGGAAGCUGGAAAACCAAAAUGUUAUGGCAAAGAAAAUGAGAUUAGGGGUCAGAAAUGAGAGGGGACAGAGAAACACGAGUUCUCGAGGUAGAAUACAUCCCUUCAACACCACGUGUCCCGGGCGAAAACGGAAGCUGGAAAACCAAAGUGGCAUGACAAAGAAAAUGAGAUUAGGGGUCAGGAAUGUGCACACAGAAGUGACUGUUGUAGUUUCUACUGCCUCCGGUACACAACCUCACACGUCUGUCACAACCAGCAGUCCCUCUGUCUGUCAGACGACAUCAUGUCAGUCGUCUCAGACACAGACCUCGUCAGGUAUCAGUUCGUCUUCACUGAAUGUUGGAUCAACAGCAAGUAGUGCUGUAUUAGCAACACUGAUACCAACGACAGCAAUACCAGCAACAACUACAGCAGAUAUGUCAACGAUCGUAACAACAGCAGUAACUUCAGCAACAUCAAACACUGGCUCAGUCUCAACAACAGUAUCAGCGAUACAGAACCCUGCAACAACAGCCACCUCAUCAUCAACAUCCUGUCUGGUCUUUUCUUCUGCAGUCAAUCUCUUGUCAAACACCACGACAACACCCAGCCAUACGUUAACGACAUCCAGCAUACCGUGUGUUUCCACAUCGGCUCCAACAGGAAGUAACGUUUUACCAGUCCCUGCCCCUUGUGUGCAUUGCACACAAAACACAAUUACAGAUGAAGAGAACAAUUUCCUACGAUACUUUCUUAUGGCUCAGCUUGGUACCCAGGCCUUGCGGAUUCUGUUCGACUCAUUUGUCAAACCUAUGUCUCUGACAAAUCACCUACAGAAUGUAAAACCAAAAUUAAAACACUGUACAGCGCAACAGAAGGCCAUCCUAUAUCCGGGUGCCUGGGGACCUGUGACCUCAGCAGACUUUGAUACAUCUCUUCUGUACACCCUGCUGCGUAACACAGUGAAAAUAACACCUCCAACGAGUGGAUGGAAUAAUGAACCAAAUCCUGCUGACAUCUCAAAGGGGGACGAUGUGGAGAGAAUAAGAUUCGCUAGGAAUUCUUUAUGUCAUGGUAAAACGUCCAUGGAUCAAUCAACAUUCAAUUCAAAAUGGACAUGUCUUUCUCAGGCUAUCGGACGACUGAGCAGCGGUUUCCUUAAUGGUGAUGUUGCCUCCUUAGCAACAAGGAAGUUUGAUAAAUCUGAGAAACAGGUCAUAUUGGAUGACUUCCUGCUUCUUAAAAAAAGGCUUCAACAAUUAGAGAGAAGACAUAUUCCAUUUAAUGUCCGAGAACAACAUGAAGAGAUAUUGAAUAAAUGGGGAAAGGAAUAUGAAGUUCUGUGCGAAACGAGAGCGUACUACAGAGUGAAAUCAGAAAUCGAGUCCAAAGACACCGUGACAAUAAUAAGCGGUCCAGGAAUGGGAAAAACAUUCAUUGCCAGGCAGACAUGUCUUCAUCUGCAAAAUGAAGGUUGGGAAAUCAUCCCCGUCCAACACGUAGACGAGAUGACUAGCUAUCGUCUCGUCAGUAUCAAGCAGGUGUUUCUUCUUGACGAUCCUGUGGGAGUAUUUGGAUUCGAUCGAUCAGCAUCAACUGCUAUAGAAAGAAUGUUUGAAGCUUUUGCUCCUUCAGAUAAAACCAAAUUUAUUUUUACCUGCAGAAAAGCUGUUUAUUAUGAAUGCAAAGAUAUGGAACACAGUUUCCUCAGAAACAUUAUUGAUAUUGGAAGUUUAGAUCUUAUGCUGAAUGAAAAAGAAAUGAAGGACAUGUUAGCUUCUCACUGUAAAAGUACAGGAGUGGAGGAGAAAGUCUAUAUAAACAUCUUGCUAAAUCCUGGUAUGACAAUGUUCCCACUUUUAUGUCGUUUAUUUGCAAACGACAAAGAAAAUCAGAAAUGUGGACGACUUUUUUUUGAAACGGCAAACAAAAGCAUCAUUAACCAAUUCAAGAAAAUGAGAAAUCAAAAGGAGUCACAGUAUGCGACACUUGUGUUAUGCAUGCUAGCAAACAAUCAUUUAACGAAAAAAGAUAUACCUGAAUAUUUUGUACUAAUAAGCGCUUAUUUUGACAUUGUUAAUCAGUCUUGUAUUCAAAGGUCUCUGAAGGAAUUGACAGGAACAUAUGUUGUGAAGAAUAACGGGGUUUAUUCUUUCUUACAUGACGCUUUAUUUGAGGCCAUUGCUUGCUUACAUGCUUUGAAGUUCCCUGAACAGGUGCUGAACUCAAUGCCAAGUAGUUACAUCGCAAACAACGUUCGUGUUACUAGUGAGACUACAGAAUCGGGAUAUGAAAAUUUAUGCAUCUGCUUGAAAAGGAAACACUAUAAAUUCCUUGUAAGAAGACUUUUAAAGGAUAUCAAAGACGUACAUUUUUAUGAUGUUUUUGAUGGGAAAAGCCUAAAAUGUGAAGAGUUCAUGAAUUUCUUUAUUUCCUAUCUCGACACAGUGUCUACAGAUGAUCUUGUAGAUCUGAUUUUAACUAUUCAUUAUUCUGACUCGAAAGUACUUCAGCGCAGUGGAAAGGCAAUGGAAAGGAUUGCAUACUGGGGAAAGGAAUACUAUCAACAAAAAUUACUCAUAGGAGAAAAAAUAACGAUAAGUAGAAUCACAGGAAAAGGAAAGGGCAAGUACAUACGUAACAAUGCUGGCCCUCAAUACAGCAUACUUACAUUGAGUUGGAUGAUUCAUUAUGGGCAUAUCAGGCUUCUGUCUUAUAUUCUUGAUAGACUUGAUGAUAGACAACAACUGUCUGACAUAAGGAAAUCUGAAGGUGCUAGGUUGUUAUUGCUCGCAUGUUUUAGUGGAAAUCUUGAGGUAGUUCAGCGACUCGUCAGUUGGUUAGGGAUGUCAUAUCUCAAUGGAUCUCCAAAUCAAAAAACUGACAACAACAAUGAGCACUUGUGUUUCACUCCAUUAACAGGUGCUGUUUUUGCUGGACAUGAAUCAGUGAUAGAAUUCCUUAUAAAUGAAGGGGUCAAUGUAAAUCUGCAGGAUGACACAGCUGAAGAAGACACCCCUCUCACCAAAGCCUGCAGACUGGGAUAUACCAUCGUGGUGCAAACACUCUUACGCUGCAAGGCAGACAUUAACCAGGUCAAUGGUACAAUGAGAUCUCCAUUGUUCUGGGCGUCACGGAUGUCUAGAACUGAUAUAGUAAGGCUAUUGAUACAGAACAACUGUGAUGUUAAUAUAGUUGACUCUGGGGGCAGAAGUGCUCUACAUGAAGCAGCAGGAAGAGGUUUUGAUGAUAUUGUAAAAUUGUUGGUCGAGAACAAGGCCGAUGCAACUUUGGUGGAUAGGAAAGGAAAAUUAACGGUAACAUUGGCAAAGGAAUCAAAUGAAAACAUAAAAACAUUAUUUACCUCACAGUGCAAAAAUUCCUCCUCAUUUUGCCAAGAGUUUGUUCAAGAACUAAUACAAAUCAUAAGUGAUGAAUUCUGCAGAAACGAAACUACACCAAACACUUUAACAGACAAACCCUUCUCCUGUCUUUUUGAUGUACUCACCGUGUCGGAAUUAAAUAAGCCCUUACCUCAGGAGUGGCAUUCUCACUGUUUUAGCCAUUACAUUUCAACAGGACAUCAAUCUGUACUGAGGUGUUUAUUAAGUCAUGGAUACCAGAUUAUUUCCACCAAUCCUUACCUUCAAGACGCACUGUUUACUGCAUCAAGGAAUAGACACACUGAGAUAGUCAAACAUUUAGUAGAACACGGUGCAAAUGUCAAGAUUUGUGAUUACAAUAAUUUUACACCGCUCUUUACGGCAUUACAGAAUGGAUACACUGAGAUAGUCAAACAUUUAGUAGAACAAGGUGCUGAUGUCAAUAUUUGUAAUGACGAGAAUGUCACACCGCUCUUCAUGGCAUCAGAGAAUGGAUACACUGAGAUAGUCAAACAUUUAGUAGAACACGGUGCUGAUGUCAAUAUUUGUAGUGACGAGAUUGAUACACCACUCUUUAUGGCAUCACUGAAUGGACACACUGAGAUAGUCAAACAUUUAGUAGAACACGGUGCUGAUGUCAAUAUUUGUAGAUAUGAUAAGGUUACACCGCUCUUUACGGCAUCACAGAAUGGACACACUGAGAUAGUCAAACAUUUAAUAGAACGCGGUGCUGAUGUCAAUAUUUGUAGUGACGAGAAUAUUACACCGCUCUCUCUGGCAUCACUGAAUGGAUACACUGAGAUAGUCAAACAUUUAGUAGAACACGGUGCUGAUGUCAAUAUUUGUAGAUAUGAUAAUGUUACACCACUCUUUACGGCAUUACAGAAUGGAUACACUGAGAUAGUGAAACAUUUAAUAGAACACGGUGCUGAUGUCAAUAUUUGUGAUGACGAGAAUGUCACACCGCUCUUUAUGGCAUCAAAGAAUGGACACACUGAGAUAGUCAAACAUUUAGUAGAACAUGGUGCUGAUGUCAAUAUUUGUAAUGACCGGAAUGUUACACCGCUCUUUAUUGCAUCAAAGAAUGAACACACUGAGAUAGUCAAACAUUUAGUAGAACAUGCUGCUGAUGUCAAUAUUUGUGAUGACGAGAAUGUUACACCGCUCUUUAUGACAUCACAGAAUGGACACACUGAGAUAGUCAAACAUUUAGUAGAACAUGGUGCUGAUGUCAAUAUUUGUAAUGACGAGAAUGCUACGCCGCUGUAUAUAGCAUCACAAAAUGGGCACCAUGAGAUAGCUAAACAUUUAAUAGAACACAGUGCUGAUGUCAAUAUUUGUGCUCUAGAAAAUGUUACCCCGCUAUUUAUGGCAUCGCAGAAAGGACAUAUUGAAAUAGUCAAAGAUUUAGUAAAACAAAGUACUGAUGUCAAUAUUUGUAAUGGCCAAGGUGUUGCACCACUCAUUAGGGCAUCACAGAAUGGACACACUGAGAUAGUCAAACAUUUAGUAGAACACGGUGCUGAUGUCAAUAUUUGUGAUGUGGGAAAUGUUACACCGCUCUUUAUAGCAUCAGAGGGAGGACACACUGAGAUAGUCAAACAUUUAGUAGAACACGGUGCUGAUGUCAAUAUUUGUAGUGACAAGAAUGUUACACCACUCUUGAUAGCAUCACAGAAAGGACACACUGAGAUAGUCAAACAUUUAGUAGAACACGGUGCUGAUGUCAAUAUUUGUAGUGACGAGAAUGUCACACUGCUCUUUAUGGCAUCACAGAAAGGACACACUGAGAUAGUCAAACAUUUAGUAGAACAUGGUGCUGAUGUCAAUAUUUGUAAUGACCGGAAUGUUACACCGCUCUUUAUUGCAUCAAAGAAUGGACACACUGAGAUAGUCAAACAUUUAGUAGAACACGGUGCUGAUGUCAAUAUUUGUAAAUAUGAUAAUGAUACAGCGCUCUUCAUGGCAUCAGAGAAUGGAUACACUGAGAUAGUCAAACAUUUAGUAGAACACGGUGCUGAUGUCAAUAUUUGUGAUUACGAGAAUGUUACACCACUCUCUAUGGCAUCACUGAUUGGACACACUGAGAUAGUCAAACAUUUAAUAGAACACGGUGCUGAUGUCAAUAUUUCUAAUGACGAUAAUGUUACACCACUCUCUAUCGCAUCACGGAAUGGACACACUGAGAUAGUCAAACAUUUAGUAGAACACGGUGCUGAUGUCAAUAUUUGGAGAUAUGAUAAUGUUACACCGCUCUUUACGGCAUCACUGUAUGGAUACACUGAGAUAGUGAAACAUUUAAUAGAACACGGUGCUGAUGUCAAUAUUUGUGAUUACGAGAAUGAUACACCACUCUCUAUGGCAUCACUGAUUGGACACACUGAGAUAGUCAAACAUUUAGUAGAACACGGUGCUGAUGUCAAUAUUUGUGAUGUGAGAAAUGUUACACCGCUCUUUAUAGCAUCAGAGGGAGGACACACUGAGAUAGUCAAACAUUUAGUAGAACACGGUGCUGAUGUCAAUAUUUGUAAUGACGAUAAUGUUACACCACUCUCUAUGGCAUCACUGAAUGGACACACUGAGAUAGUCAAACAUUUAGUAGAACACGGUGCUGAUGUCAACAUUUGUAAUGGCAAAAAUAAAACGCCGCUCUAUAUGGCAUCAAAGAAUGGACACACUGAGAUAGUCAAACAUUUAGUAGAACACGGUGCUGAUGUCAAUAUUUGUAGAUAUGAUAAUGCUACACCGCUCUUUACGGCAUCACAGAAUGGAUACACUGAGAUAGUGAAACAUUUAAUAGAACACGGUGCUGAUGUCAAUAUUUGUGAUUACGAGAAUGAUACACCACUCUCUAUGGCAUCACUGAUUGGACACACUGAGAUAGUCAAACAUUUAGUAGAACAUGGUGCUGAUGUCAAUAUUUGUAAUGACGAGAAUGCUACACCGCUGUAUAUAGCAUCACAAAAUGGGCACCAUGAGAUAGCUAAACAUUUAAUAGAACACAGUGCUGAUGUCAAUAUUUGUGCUCUAGAAAAUGUUACCCCGCUAUUUAUGGCAUCGCAGAAAGGACACAUUGAAAUAGUCAAAGAUUUAGUAAAACAAAGUACUGAUGUCAAUAUUUGUAAUGGCCAAGGUGUUGCACCACUCAUUAGGGCAUCACAGAAUGGACACACUGAGAUAGUCAAACAUUUAGUAGAACACGGUGCUGAUGUCAAUAUUUGUGAUGUGAGAAAUGUUACACCGCUCUUUAUGGCAUCAGAGGGAGGACACACUGAGAUAGUCAAACAUUUAGUAGAACAUGGUGCUGAUGUCAAUAUUUGUAAUGACGAGAAUGCUACGCCGCUGUAUAUAGCAUCACAAAAUGGGCACCAUGAGAUAGCUAAACAUUUAAUAGAACACAGUGCUGAUGUCAAUAUUUGUGCUCUAGAAAAUGUUACCCCGCUAUUUAUGGCAUCGCAGAAAGGACAUAUUGAAAUAGUCAAAGAUUUAGUAAAACAAAGUACUGAUGUCAAUAUUUGUAAUGGCCAAGGUGUUGCACCACUCAUUAGGGCAUCACAGAAUGGACACACUGAGAUAGUCAAACAUUUAGUAGAACACGGUGCUGAUGUCAAUAUUUGUGAUGUGAGAAAUGUUACACCGCUCUUUAUAGCAUCAGAGGGAGGAAACACUGAGAUAGUCAAACAUUUAGUAGAACACGGUGCUGAUGUCAAUAUUUUUAGUGACAAGAAUGUUACACCGCUCUUGAUAGCAUCACAGAAAGGACACACUGAGAUAGUCAAACAUUUAGUAGAACACGGUGCUGAUGUCAAUAUUUGUAGUGACGAGAAUGUUACACUGCUCUUUAUGGCAUCACAGGUUGGACACACUGAGAUAGUCAAACAUUUAGUAGAACACGGUGCUGAUGUCAAUAUUUGUAAUGUGAGAAAUGUUACACCACUCUUUAUAGCAUCACAGAAAGGACACACUGAGAUAGUCAAACAUUUAGUAGAACAUGGUGCUGAUGUCAAUAUUUGUAAUGACCGGAAUGUUACACCGCUCUUUAUUGCAUCAAAGAAUGGACACACUGAGAUAGUCAAACAUUUAGUAGAACACGGUGCUGAUGUCAAUAUUUGUAAAUAUGAUAAUGUUACACCGCUCUUUACGGCAUCACUGUAUGGAUACACUGAGAUAGUCAAACAUUUAAUAGAACACGGUGCUGAUGUCAAUAUUUGUAAUGAUGAGAAUGCUACGCCGCUGUAUAUAGUAUCACAAAAUGGGCACCAUGAGAUAGCUAAACAUUUAAUAGAACACAGUGCUGAUGUCAAUAUUUGUGCUCUAGAAAAUUUUACCCCGCUAUUUAUGGCAUCGCAGAAAGGACAUAUUGAAAUAGUCAAAGAUUUAGUAAAACAAAGUACUGAUGUCAAUAUUUGUAAUGGCCAAGGUGUUGCACCACUCAUUAGGGCAUCACAGAAUGGACACACUGAGAUAGUCAAACAUUUAGUAGAACACGGUGCUGAUGUCAAUAUUUGUGAUGUGAGAAAUGUUACACCGCUCUUUAUAGCAUCAGAGGGAGGACACACUGAGAUAGUCAAACAUUUAGUAGAACACGGUGCUGAUGUCAAUAUUUGUGAUGUGAGAAAUGUUACACCGCUCUUUAUAGCAUCAGAGGGAGGAAACACUGAGAUAGUCAAACAUUUAGUAGAACACGGUGCUGAUGUCAAUAUUUUUAGUGACAAGAAUGUUACACCGCUCUUGAUAGCAUCACAGAAAGGACACACUGAGAUAGUCAAACAUUUAGUAGAACACGGUGCUGAUGUCAAUAUUUGUAGUGACGAGAAUGUUACACUGCUCUUUAUGGCAUCACAGGUUGGACACACUGAGAUAGUCAAACAUUUAGUAGAACACGGUGCUGAUGUCAAUAUUUGUAAUGUGAGAAAUGUUACACCACUCUUUAUAGCAUCACAGAAAGGACACACUGAGAUAGUCAAACAUUUAGUAGAACAUGGUGCUGUUGUCAAUAUUUGUAAUGACCGGAAUGUUACACCGCUCUUUAUUGCAUCAAAGAAUGGACACACUGAGAUAGUCAAACAUUUAGUAGAACACGGUGCUGAUGUCAAUAUUUGUAAAUAUGAUAAUGAUACAGCGCUCUUCAUGGCAUCAGAGAAUGGAUACACUGAGAUAGUCAAACAUUUAGUAGAACACGGUGCUGAUGUCAAUAUUUGUGAUUACGAGAAUGUUACACCACUCUCUAUGGCAUCACUGAUUGGACACACUGAGAUAGUCAAACAUUUAAUAGAACACGGUGCUGAUGUCAAUAUUUCUAAUGACGAUAAUGUUACACCACUCUCUUUCGCAUCACGGAAUGGACACACUGAGAUAGUCAAACAUUUAGUAGAACACGGUGCUGAUGUCAAUAUUUGGAGAUAUGAUAAUGCUACACCGCUCUUUACGGCAUCACUGUAUGGAUACACUGAGAUAGUGAAACAUUUAAUAGAACACGGUGCUGAUGUCAAUAUUUGUGAUUACAAGAAUGAUACACCACUCUCUAUGGCAUCACUGAUUGGACACACUGAGAUAGUCAAACAUUUAGUAGAACACGGUGCUGAUGUCAAUAUUUGUAAUGAACGGAAUUUUACACCGCUCUUUAUUGCAUCAAAGAAUGGACACACUGAGAUAGUCAAACAUUUAGUAGAACACGGUGCUGAUGUCAAUAUUUGUGAUUACGAGAAUGAUACACCACUCUCCAUGGCAUCACUGAUUGGACACACUGAGAUAGUCAAACAUUUAGUAGAACAUGGUGCUGAUGUCAAUAUUUGUAAUGACGAGAAUGCUACACCGCUGUAUAUAGCAUCACAAAAUGGGCACCAUGAGAUAGCUAAACAUUUAAUAGAACACAGUGCUGAUGUCAAUAUUUGUUCUCUAGAAAAUGUUACCCCGCUAUUUAUGGCAUCGCAGAAAGGACACAUUGAAAUAGUCAAAGAUUUAGUAAAACAAAGUACUGAUGUCAAUAUUUGUAAUGGCCAAGGUGUUGCACCACUCAUUAGGGCAUCACAGAAUGGACACACUGAGAUAGUCAAACAUUUAGUAGAACACGGUGCUGAUGUCAAUAUUUGUGAUGUGAGAAAUGUUACACCGCUCUUUAUGGCAUCAGAGGGAGGACACACUGAGAUAGUCAAACAUUUAGUAGAACACGGUGCUGAUGUCAAUAUUUUUAGUGACAAGAAUGUUACACCGCUCUUGAUAGCAUCACAGAAAGGACACACUGAGAUAGUCAAACAUUUAGUAGAACACGGUGCUGAUGUCAAUAUUUGUAGUGACGAGAAUGUUACACCGCUCUUUAUGGCAUCACAGGUUGGACACACUGAGAUAGUCAAACAUUUAGUAGAACACGAUGCUGAUGUCAAUAUUUGUAAUGAAAAGAAUGUUACACCGCUCUUGAUAGCAUCAUAGAAUGGACACACUGAGAUAGUCAAACAUUUAGUAGAACACGGUGUUGAUGUCAAUAUUUGUAGUGACGAGAAUGUUACACCGCUCUUGAUGGCAUCACAGAAUGGACACACUGAGAUAGUCAAACAUUUAGUAGAACACGAUGCUGAUGUCAAUAUUUGUAAUGAAAAGAAUGUUACACCGCUCUUGAUAGCAUCAUAGAAUGGACACACUGAGAUAGUCAAACAUUUAGUAGAACACGGUGCUGAUGUCAAUAUUUGUAGUGACGAGAAUGUUACACCGCUCUUGAUGGCAUCACAGAAUGGACACACUGAGAUAGUCAAACAUUUAAUGGAACACGGUGUUGAUGUCAAUAUUUGUAGUGACGAGAAUGUUACACCGCUCUUGAUGGCAUCACAGAAUGGACACACUGAUAUAGUCAAACAUUUAGAAGAACACGGUGCUGAUGUCAAUAUUUGCAGAUAUGAUAUUGUUACACCGCUCUUGAUAGCAUCAGAGAAUGGACACACUGAGAUAGUCAAACAUUUAGUAGAACACAGUGCUUAUGUCAAUAUUUGUUAUGACAAGAAUGUUAUACCGCUCUUCAUAGCAUCAGAGAUUGGACACACUGAGAUAGUUAAACAUUUAGUAGAACACGGUGCUGAUGUCAAUAUUUGUAAUGUGAGAAAUGCUACACCGCUCUUUGUGGCAUCACAGAAUGGACACACUGAGAUAGUCAAACAUUUAUUAGAACACGGUGCUGAUGUCAAUAUUUGUAGAUAUGGUAAUUGUACACCGCUAUUUAUAGCAUCACAGAAUGGACACACUGAGAUAGUCAAACAUAUAGUACAAUGCGGUGCUGAUAUCAAUAUUUGUAAUGUGAGAAAUGUUGCACCGCUCUUUAUAGCAUCACAGAAUGGACACACUGAGAUAGUCAAACAUUUAGUAGAACACAGUGCUGAUGUUAAUAUAUGUAGAUAUGAUAAUUGUACACCGCUCAAUAUGGCAUCACAGAAAGGACACACUGAGAUAGUCAAACAUUUAGUAGAACACAGUGCUGAUGUCAAUAUUUGUAGAUAUGAUAAUUUUACACCGCUCUUUAUAGCAUAACAGAAUGGACACACUGAGAUAGUCAAACGUUUAGUAGAACACGGUGCAGAUGCUAAUAUCUGUAAUAUGAAUAUUUGAAAACAAACUGAGGACUUCAAUGGCUAUAAAAGAUUUUGAUAGAUAAAAAAAGAUGUCUUUUGUAAGUAUGGAUGUUUGACUGGAAUCUGAGUGAAAUUCAAAAUGAAUGAAAUUUAUUAAUUUGUAGUGUUGUUGUUAUCCAAACAUGAAGUUAGUUUUUGACAUAUCAGAAUUUCAAUGUUCAUUUGUUGAAAUAAAGUUAUCGCUAGAGUAGUAAUAAUUCGCCAGAAAAAAUCUGCUAUAGAUCAUUAUAUAAUAAUAGAUGAAACCCCGCGCAAGCGAGGGAAAUCAGAAUUAAAUAAUAUUGCAUAGAGAAAAUACUUUUAAUACUUGUUCAAAUUGUUGCGCACAUUAAUUCAAUGACAGAUAUGUUUAAUUCAACUGAAUUUAAGAAAAACAUUUCAAUAAUUGCGCGCAUUAGUUAUAUUAUGAUAUUUAUUGAUAUAAUAUACAGUAAAUAAAACUUGGUUAUUAAGAAGUCACUUGGAGCUCCAAAUCAAAUGUUCUUUAUGUAACAUAAAUGAUCUCUCUCUGUUUUUGAAAAUUAAAGAAUUAUUUUUUGUUACGAAUGCAAUCGUUAUUCGUCAUGCCGAACAGUUGACAAAAGACCAAAUGAACGGUUGUUCAUAAUUUCAAUAUUUGAAACUCAGUAUUGGGAAUGUGUUUAUUAUGGUGGCUUUUGUCCAGUGCAAUCAUUGCCUCGCUUCAUUCUGAAAAAUUCCGUAAGCCUGGUCAAAUACUAAAAUCACGGAUUUAGGAAAUAUUUAUUCAACAAUUAUCAAAACUUACUUCUUUUGUAAAAUCAAAAUCAAAUAUCGAUAAACAACGAAUUAAAAUCAUAUCGUAUUAUCUUAAGUUUUCUUAAAAGAAGAAAGAAAUCUGGCUAAGAUCUGGCACUUUCCUUUCAUUUUUGGUAUUUCGGGGUAGUUUAUCGAAAACGAAAAUAGGUUUUUGAUUAAUUGUACGACAAUUACUAAUCAAAUAAGAUUCUAUUAUAGCUUACAGACUUCGACUUCAAUAUAUAACAGUAUUAAAGGUGCAAGCAGUAACUCUGGAGCAAGCGUUUCGAAGAGUACUUGCAAAUUUUUUUGGGGGUCUUUAAGUAUAAAUGAUGUUUUGAAAUUUAUAGGCACCUGAUCCCACCUAUGGUGUGUCCAGAGGUCCGUGUUUGCCCAACUCUCUAUUUUGUAUUGCUUGUAGAGAUUGAUCACUGUUCGUUAUCUUCACCUUGCAUAUAGUUAAAGUGGUAUUUUAUUGCAAACUUAAAAAUAAACGUUUUUAGUACAUG